CAUUCCGAUGCGGGGAAAUGGGUGGUGAACUUCUCUCUCGUUUCCGCUAAAUGCAGUUCUCGUUGUGUAUCGAUGCUAGUAAAACACAGCAGCAGCCGUCAUUGUCAAUGUGAUAAGCGAACGCGACAGAAGCGAAAGUACUAAUCACUUAAAUGCAGUUUCCGAUCAUGUUCUGCUAAAACAUUUUGCAUGUCGUGCGUGCGUGGUGCGUGUGCUGCAAAUUCCUGCAGGAGGACGACUCGACCGGAUAUCGCUUAUUUCUUAGAAACGUGUGGAAAGGCUGACCGUGCCGUGUGUGUUUGUGUAACUUACCAAAGCUAAAUUAUACAGCAGUGGGAUACAAAUUUCCGAAAACGCAAGCUAAUCUCGAUGGAAAAUUGAUGAAAACCUCAAGUGGUGGAAAAAUUAUAGCUUUGGAAACCGGACCAGUUUCACACACGGUGAUGGGGGUGUGCCCCCUGACGGGAGAUGCAACCGCCCCAACGUUACAUACCGUCAGUUUCUGAUUUAUACGGUACGGACGAAAUCGAAUUCCUCCUGGAAGAAAUACGGGAUCUCGAACCAGCCUGCUGUCAGCUAGAGGACAUUCAAGAUUUUGAGAUAGCUGGCAGCAGAGCAGGUGAGCUUUCAAUCUCGCUCGAGUCACCGCUCGGCACCUGUACAUCCUGGGACUCGCACGCACAUUACCGUCAAAGAAUAGGGAAUACACCGCUACCGUGGGGCGUUGCGCUGCACUGCGACGCCUCACAUCUAACUAGCCCCACUGGGAUCGUAAGGAUUCUACUAGUGAUAUCCUCUGCAGCAUGUCUCGCUUGUGAAUGCUCGGCUGGUACCGUACAAGUGGGCCUCUUUUUACUGCCAUUGAUUGGACGUUUAAGGUUAAUGGUUUUUUGUGCUCUCUUUUCACUGUUAAUAACUUGUUUGAUGCUGUUUUUGGAUAUAUCACACAUAGCAUUAAUGUUUCCCUUUAAUUGGGGAAAAUUGAAUGCUUGGAUGUACCUGACAAUCGGUUUACUAUUUCUUGUUGGCUCGUCACUGCUACUCCACAUGGUGUUUUUCGCGGAGGAAUUCAUGUGGGUGCCAAAGCAUACGAAGGACACAUUGUUCAUAUCAGCGAUAAUCGGUUAUGUGUGUUCAAUUGAAGCUGUGAUCCUGGCGGCUCUAACACGAUGUCCCUCCCAGUAUCGUCACGUAAUCGACGAUUAUAGUGACAUGUGCUUGGAAGAGCGCGAGCUCAGUCCGAUCUGUAGUCACGAGCUUACAAACAAUGUGAACAACGUCACUACCGACAACAAUAAUGGAAAUGCAGUUAAUGCAGGCGAGUUAUCGAAUCAUCGGAAUUAUAACAAAGCCGAAACGGGUGAUAACGUGACACCAAUGUGUAACCAAAAAGCUUACAUACCAGUUGAACGUCCCGACCAAUCAUAUAAUCAACGUCCUACGCUAGGUAAUAUGCAGAAAUCGAACAACCGUAACCGCCAAGGUUACCACUACCAACCAAUUGCCUCAACCUCUCGGCAAAGUCCCACCUUCGUCCUGGACGACGAAGCAAUUCCGGGACCAUCGAACCGAUCGCUCGACUACUCCAGCGCGUGAUGAUGGAGGGGAUACCGGCUCUUCUGUUUUCUUUUUCCUUACGCAAGUAACAACAAAGUUUCACUGAAACUACCCUAGAUCUUAUAGGCUGUUUAUGUUUGGGUUUGUUAUUGGCAUCGAAUCGUUAAUAAGUAAGUACAAACUAAAGAUUUACCAGAAUCCCACGGGUUCCGAAGAAUGAAAUCUUUCGUAGUAGACACAUUUGAGUCCUAGUCUAGAUGACGUUUCAGCUGACUGAUUUUUAUUUGGCACUUUAGGUAUUCUGAAUUGGUUUGUUGGUUUUUUAGUUCAUGUUAAUAUUAUCACACGGGGUCAAAACCAACUCACUUGAGAGUAGUUUGUACUGAUAGUUACGAAUAUUGUACACAUAGCUAUUUUGUACAUAGAAACGAAUAUUUUCCGUUAGAAUACUAGCAUUUCCGAACAAUGGCGACAUAAUUCGCUGGCGUGGUGUUUUGGAGACGAAAAGAAGAGAAAAACAAUAAAACGUAUAAAUUAAAUUAAUUUAGUAACUAACAGAUUUCGUAAAGUAACGAUAAAGUGAAAGAGUAAUUGAAGUAAGUGAAAACGAAACGGUUUUUUGGAAAUCCAGUUGUUUCAAGCAAAAUUUCGACGCGACGAACAUGAACAAUGUAUAAGUUCGAGUAAGAUGUUUAUAGGAACUACAUAUGAAAUCUAGUCACAGGUUUUUAACAGAUGAAAGCUGUAGAUAUUAUAAAGUUCACGACUCAUUGCUAAUGGAAAAUCAUGAACCACGCAAAUAAUACAAUAAAAGCAAGGAUAGGCAUAAACGUUGCAUAGUCGGGAAAAUGUCACAUACUGACGAUUAGGAAGAAUACAAACCAACUGUGUGGGAAUUUGUAUACCUGCCUCUACCUUUUUUCAAUCAAACUUAGCAUAAACAUAUUCUAAGAAUGAUUCACACGGACACCUGUUUUGACACACCGCUAGUGUGCUGUCGAUGUUGAUGAUCAUUGUGAAUUAGACUUGUUUUCUACUCAUCUCAACGCUGAAACAUUUUUCUAAAUAGUUACCUGGUAUCAGUUCUUACAUUUAAGUCGCAACAUCUAGCACAGUGGGUCAAAAAGCUACAUUUAAACCUAUACUCAAAGAUUUCUCGCGCAUGCAGAUGGAAGUUCUUUUUUUUGCUAAGAGUUUGAUUUAAUUUAAUAAAACAGUUCCUGUCGCAUAGUUGACUGCCCAUAAGAGCUGCAGUUGUAAGCAUUUUUUUCAUUAGAAUAUAGAAAGUUAAAAGAUUGUUCGAAGGCAAUAUAUUUCUACACAUAGGUGCCCGAUAGAGCAACGUGUAGGUUAUAGUAGAAAAAAGAGAAGCUUGAAAACUUUACCCAGUUCAUAAAAAACAUGCGCCUCAUCCGUCCUAGUAUAACUAUUUUAUAGAACAUUUUUCAAAUUUAGUUUAUAUUUCCAUCUAUACAUCUAAAACUCUCGGUUGAAACGAUAGUGAAAUAUGCCUAACAGGGUCAGUUUUGGAGUAUCUUAUCUGCCGUCCAUAUUGAAGACAAAAUAUCCUUACAUAUACACAAACACUCUUACAUACGCAACCGAUAUGUGGAUUCAUUACAAGGAGUGUUGUGAGCAUCUAUGUUUCUCUGGAAUCCUAUAUUGCUUUGAUUUCGGAAGCAGGGCGGGUUGAAAAUUUUCGUUCAUUGCUCGGUUAUUCUGAGGGAAACCUUUUGAUUCGAAAUGCAAUGAGAUAUGUUUUAAGACAAUAAGUAGAUUGAAAUAAAUCCAGCAGUAAAAAUUGCUCUGCUUUACGAACCCACUGUGCAAUGCAAACUCAAUACUAUAUUCUGAUGCCUAUACUCUACUACUUGUAUCGUUUAACAUAAGUUUUCCAACUAAACGUAAAAUCCAGAUGGUAUUAAGACGAUCCCGAACGAGUGUUUCUACCGACCCAUACAAACGAGUAUUACUUUUACAACUUAAAUUAUUGUUACUCUUAAUGAUCUCUGCAUAACAUCCAGGGCUGAGCUAUGCAGUCGUAGGCAAAAAUCAUCAACUAUCAGUAUGGUCGUCGUAUGCUUUCUAAUGUUGAAUACCACAAAGUUUCUGGGCAUACCUUUGGCGUAGGAACGGCAAUCCGUUUCAUUUGUGAUUUAUGUUGCAUUGAUUUUUUUCUUAAAUUUCCAUCAUUCAACUUUCACAGAUACCAAAACUAAAUAAAUGUUUUCAGUUGACUAGGCAGAUCGUACUGUAAACCAAGUAAUAUCACAGACAAACAGACGUACCACUGUAUACAAAAUUCUAAGAAAAUUGUGGUUCCGACUAACUUGUGCGACAUCUACUGGACAUAUUCCUGGACAUUCCGCAAAAGAUACACUUUCAGCUUUUCUGCUGUGUAUCUGAGCACGGUGCUCGAAUACUGUCAACUAAGUUCAAAGGAAAAGGCACAUUAGCGCCAUCACCGCUGCGGCGGGAAUAUUCCGCAUAACUGAAACUCAUUUGAAUUGACCGUUAUUUUGAUCCACGCAAAUAAAUCUCGUGGUACGUCUGUUUGUCUGUGGUAAUAUUAUGGUUACUAUAUUACCAAAUUACUAGUUUGGCGGACUGAAAACCCACGAAACUGGCAACCGAUAUUAUCGAAUCAUUGGGCAGCACAUUGGCAUUCUUGAAACUAACGAGUUCUAUUUUCGAACAGAUUUUAUUUUGUAAUGUAAACAAGCUAGAACUAUACUCUGCAGUACUACAUACAAAACAAUUCUCACGUCUUUUCAACAGGAAAAAUCACGUAAACUGCCGUAUAGUGAUUCACAUGCCUCUCUUUCAUUUCGCCCACAGAGAUUCUAAAAACCUUCGAGUUGGUGCGAAAAAUGUUAUUAAACAGAAAAUCUUGCAAAAGUGUUUUAGAAAACAUUCAAUCAUUAUUGGCAACUGACGGGCAGACCUGAAAAAAUUAGCAUGCAAGUUCAGAAUUCAUCAAUUUUGAAGAUUUUUGUAAGUUUAAUUUGAACAAUUCAAAUUUGAGCUCAAGUGUGAAAACCCCUAAAAUGAAAUAGUUACCGCCGGGGAUAACAACUAACGAGAGUUUUUGUAAGUUUUCGUCAUUGUUGAACUACAGACAGAUGGUUUCCCCAUACGAGAGCUGUCACAAACGCACAACGGAAUAAUCAAAGUUCAAGUAUGGCCAACCCAAAUUUACAGCGACUCUCGAAAGAAGAGGAAAGCAACGACAGACAUCUGUAUAGUUAGACGACUUUGGCAUGCUAUUUUACGAAAUACGCAAAGCUAUUGUUUUUAUCUAACAUCGAGAAACAGAUAUUAGAUUAGUGUUCAUAUUAUUCCCAAAGCGCAGAACACUUUUUCCUUGACGCUACACGCCACAUAGUAAAUUAAAGGCUUUAACACGGAAGUGAAACAUGGUUAGACUAUCUAGAAGUUGAUCAAAGCAUUCUGAUACGUAGAGUGUCCCACAACUGACAAGAAGAAAAAGUCGACUUACUUUCACAAAAUCACAAACAAUACGGAUGUAAAUAUAGUUUUAGAUAGUUUUGAAGAAGGUUGUAGAAAGAUUUAUAUAACUACAAAGAAGAAGAAUAACAUACCAAUAAAUAGAAAGAACUACUGCCAAAGAAUUAUCCUGAAACGAUAGUCGUCUUUAGUGAUAGCAAUGAAAAUUAAAAGCAAGAAACACGUACGAACCUUGUUUAUUUGAUGCAACUUUUAACUUACUUAGAGUAAAUUUUGAACCUCGAAAUAAAUAUUAAUUUAGUUAAUGUCAUUGGAUGAGAAGAACCUGAAAUAUGUAAAAAUGAAACUCGCUUCUCUGCACAAGCACAAAAGCAUUUCUCAACUUUUGUAUUAUCUUUGCAUGAAAAAAAUAAAAAAAAAACAAACCGCAAACAUCAAUUCUCUUUUCCUUUCAAUUUUAUAAAUGUAUAAUCAAAACUACAAUCUAAAAAAAAGCGAAUAUUCCAUUUACAUACCAUAAUUUUACAGGGUACAGAAACAAAAUUCCGUUUCAAAUGUGAUUUGAACAUUUAUACUGUAAGCGAACAAAAACAAAAUCAUUAGAAAUCGAUCAUAGUCCCGUUUGUUCAAAAAUACUCACUCAUUCAGUGUAAAAAGGUGACUGGUUAUUUGAACUAUUUGAAAACAGAAAGGCAAUUCAAUAUUCAAACAUAUUACGGUUUUGACACAGCAAACGGUGUAGAUAGAAUUGUUAUAUAUUAAAUCAUGGCAACAUCGUACUAAUAAAACAUAAAAAAUAGGACAAAUCGACAUUCACAAAAACCUGCCAGAUAAAAAAGAGAAAGGAAAGAAAAAUCAUCCUCACACUUCUAACGAAAGAAGGUGUUUGCAAAUUCCUCAGUACCAAAGAACGGUGACAAUAGUAUAUUUUUGUUAACAGAAAUUGUUUGUCUAGAAAGUAAAAGCAUUCAGAAGCUCUCGUUUAGAAUUUUUGUGUCUAAAAUAAUACUUUUCCUCAACGUCAAAUUUCUCAUCCUCUUCAAAGUAGAGCAAAAUGACGUUAUCUCCUGGCCCGCAGAAAUCGAGUUUUUCUUUCUUAUCACUAGGUAAAACUUUUAAUUAUAAUACUAAUGUAGACUUUCUAGGCAAUAUUAAAUUUCUUUGAUUUUCAAUUCCUUUUUCUUCACUUAAGGAUUGCAUAAUGCACCUGGAUGCUUCAGAAUUGAUCGCAUCAAUAAUUAGACUAUGGUAUGAACCUUUUGCACAAAACACACACACGUACAGCUCGGAAACGUCUUUUAGUAAUGCUGUCAAAUUGUUGAAACCUGAAAUCGCGGACGAAGAAAAAAAAAAUAUUAUAAAAGACCUUUCGCUUGAAAAAAGGACAAACGGACGCUGAACAGAGGUAUUAAAUCAACCCAAAAAAAGUAUAGCAAAAUAUUUUAACUUGAAAUGGCAAGCAAGCGAAUCCAGAAUCAUUGUAUGAUUAGACAAUUCAACAUUCCCAAAAUAAAUGUUGUUUUUUAUUA